AUGCCCAACUCGCCCAGUAAAGAGAAUGACGAUGUGUCAGAAGUCAAACAUGAGAAACGUUACGUAAGUGGGCCAAUGUCGGCGACCGAAUCAUUACUUUCACCUUCAAAGAGGGAGUUACUCAAACAAAUGAGUCCAAAUGUUUUGAAAAAGUCUAAACCAUUGUCGGAGUCAAUAAUUAAACCACCGCAUUAUGUUACAGAAUCCAAGUUCCAAAGACCACAAUUACCCUCUUCACUCAAGCCUAAAUUGGAACAAAGGUCUAAAACUUCAUUGACGCUUCCAUCAACAAAUGUGCCGCCUUCAUUUCGUCGCUCCAACUCGUUACUCCAUCGAUCAAAUAGCUCAUUAGCUGAUGCGCAACAAUCUUCGAUCAACUUGCCUGAUAGGUUUAUUCCAUCGCGACAUAACUCUGUAAGCGGCAAGCUCGACUCGUCUACUGCAUCACCGGCACCAAAUGCGUCUCCAGAAACACAUAUAAAAGCACAAACAUCAAAGAUAUAUCAACAUCAUGUGGCGGAAGCAUGUGGUCUUGAAGUAAACUCAAGAAUAUUACUUUACCAACCUCCACCACCUGAAAGAAAAAAGCCUGUUAAUCUUGCGACUCACCUAUCACAAUCAAGCAAGCUUAAAAUUGGGAAACACUCACUUCCACCAUCAAUUGCAUCAGCGAGAGCGAAAAAGAUCCCUUCUUCUCCAGAGAGAGUCUUGGAUGCACCUGGAUUGGUUGACGAUUUUUAUUUGAAUUUACUAGCAUGGUCACUGUAUAACCUUUUGGCAAUUGGACUUGAAGAUGCUGUUUAUGUUUGGAACGCCUCCACUGGAUCAGUCGGACUUUUAUGUGAGCUCCCCGAUAAAGCUCUAGUUUCCUCGGUGAAGUGGUCGCAGGAUGGCUCCUACGUUUCAAUAGGAAAAGAUGAUGGACUUAUUGAAAUUUGGGAUAUUGAAAAGAAUGUGAAAUUACGGACACUAAAUUGUGAUAACCAUUUGACAAGAGUUGCAUCACAAGCAUGGAAUCAACAUGUCUUGACCAGUGGAAGCAGGAUAGGAAGCUUGUACCAUUCCGAUGUCAGAGUGUCAUCACAUCUAAGUGCAAAAGCUGAAAACUGUCACGAUUCAGAGAUAUGUGGCAUCGAAUACAAGCACGAUGGUAAGCAAUUUGUCACUGGUGGGAAUGAUAAUGUCGUCAACAUUUGGGAUGUCAGAAACACUACUCCAUUAUUCACUAAAAAUAAUCAUAAAGCCGCGGUUAAAGCAUUGUCAUGGUGCCCUUACCAGCCCUCAUUAUUGGCCACAGGAGGUGGUUCCAAUGACAAGACAAUCAAUUUUUGGAAUACUACUACAGGUGCUAGAGUAAACACAAUUGAAACAGGAUCACAGGUGAGCUCAUUAAACUGGGGGUACGCACAUGGCACAGGAAUGGAGAUUGUUGCCACACAUGGGUUCCCAACAAAUAGCAUCUCAUUGUUUAGUUACCCUACAUUACAAAAAACUGGAGAAAUUGUCAAUGCUCAUGACACGAGGAUUUUGAAUGGCUGUUUGAGUCCGGACAAUCUCACACUCGCAACUGUCGCUGGUGAUGAAAACUUAAAGUUUUGGUCUUUGUUUGACAUGAACAAGUCGGCAAAGAGGUUGCAUGAAGACGAAUUAAAUGACUCCAAGGACGAACCAAAGAUGAAAAAGAUGAUGAACCUUCGUUAG